AUGUCGGCGCUAUUCAACUUCCAAUCGCUCUUGCUCGUCAUCUUGCUCCUCAUCUGCACAUGCACAUACGUCCGCGCCACGGCACCAGCGCUCGUCGAUCGCAACAAGCAGGGGUUCAUGGGUCUCUUCUUCAAGGCGGCUCGCAUCGGCGAGAGAUUAUCACCCUACGUGUCGCUGGCGUGCAUCAUCAUGGCUGCCUACGAGGUCUUCUAA